GUAUGUCGUUCUGAAUCGAGCUUUCCACCGUCCAAAAAACAUCCUAAUAUCUGAUCUCGUGCACGCGUCGACUCAGCCACUCAGCAAUUGCGCAUGCGCGUCGGUGGGCUCUAGAGAAGGCUCAUGUUGUCUCUCCGCAGGAAUGACGAGUCUCGCUCCACUCUAAUCGAAAGGCACGCGCGGAAAAGGAGACCGAACAUAGCCUACCAUACGGUGAAAAUAAAGAGGAUACGACCCAUCACUUCCGAACAAACACCGGAGGAUUUCGCCAAACUGGACAUUGUGGAGAAAAAAAGAGGAUUUUUAAAGGACCACCCCUCUUCCACUUCAAACCUGACGUCUCCUGUGCAAGUAUAGCUUCACAUCCAGUGGCAAAACAUUUUCUAGAUGUGAUGUCUGUUGUGAUUGCCAACAAACGGCUUCUGGUCGUGGACAUCUGGACAUGCUUUGAAGAAAACGACUGAUGUCAGAUCGAAAAACCGCUUAAAAUGUGACCGUUUCUGUCUAGCCUCGAUCCCUCCACUCUGUCGGAUUUGAGGAGUCUACGGGGAUUCAGGGCAGUGUAUGUGUUUCGUUUUGGAAAGAGGAGGGAAAGCGUGCGCCCUGGAGCUGUCCGUUCAGAACCGCACACACACACACACACACACACACACACACACACACACACACACACACGCAUUACUCUGCCACCAGCGGUGCACCACAAGCCAUGAGCCUCGCACCUCAUCUGGACCGGAUGGUGUGGAGCGCUGAAUUAUGACAUCCUCUGCAUGAAUUUGGUUUGUUUAAUCUUUAUUUUCUAAUUUUCUCCUGGCAUCUGGAGACAAUCUCUUAUUCACCUGACAAGAACAUUAAACGCUCAUGUACCGAUUUCCUGCAGAUGAGUUGCCUUUGCGCACCUGUUUUUCUGCGCUUAUUCAUCCCAGUCUCCUUUUUCAGUCGCCUAUCAAUUGCGCACAUGUAUCCUCCGGGUCUUUUUUAAUUCCUGGCCCGGGCUCGAGAUAUGCCUAAAGGACGAGAUGGGCCAGGGCGACGAGAAAGACCGUGUUGUGAUUAACGUGGGAGGGAUUCGACACCAGACAUACCGCAGCACCCUGCGCACUCUCCCCGGCACUCGUUUAGCGUGGCUCGCCGAGCCUGAUGCCCACAGUCACUUUGACUAUGACGCCCAGAUCGACGAGUUUUUCUUUGACCGCCACCCCGGAGUUUUUGCACACAUUCUCAAUUAUUAUAGGACUGGAAAGUUGCAUUGCCCUGCUGAUGUCUGUGGUCCUCUUUAUGAGGAAGAGUUGGCCUUCUGGGGUAUCGAUGAGACAGAUGUGGAGCCUUGCUGCUGGAUGACGUACCGGCAGCACCGGGAGGCCGAAGAAGCGCUGGACAGUUUCGGUGGAGGGCCACCUGAAAUGGGGAACGAUGAUAUGGACACAGAAGUUUUGGGUGAUCCAGGGGAUGGAGACGAUGAACUUGAGAUGACUAAACGCCUUUCCCUCGGCGACUCGCCGGAUGCCAAAGGUUCAGGAUUUUGGCAACGUUGGCAGCGUCGUGUUUGGGCGCUCUUUGAAGAUCCCUAUUCUUCGAAAUAUGCAAGGUGGGUGGCAUUUGCCUCGCUUUUCUUCAUACUGGUGUCCAUAACCACAUUCUGCCUGGAGACACACGAGGCCUUCAACCCCAUCGUUAAUCGCACAUUUUUUAACGCUCUCGACAACACCACCAAGUUUCACCUGGAGACAGAGACAGUGGUCUACCUAACUUACAUCGAGGGAGUGUGUGUGGUGUGGUUCACCUUUGAGUUCCUCAUGCGUGUCACCUUCUGUCCGGACAAAAUGAAAUUCAUCAAAAACACCCUAAACAUCAUAGACUUUGUGGCCAUCCUGCCAUUUUACCUGGAGGUAGGCCUGAGUGGGCUUUCUGGUUCAGAAGCAAAGGACGUUCUAGGUUUCCUCAGAGUGGUGCGAUUCGUUCGGAUCCUCCGAAUCUUCAAGCUGACGCGACACUUCGUGGGCCUGCGCGUACUGGGACACACUCUCCGCGCCAGCACUAAUGAGUUCCUCCUGCUUAUCAUCUUUCUUGCUCUUGGAGUGCUGAUCUUCGCCACCAUGAUCUACUACGCCGAGCGAAUCGGUGCCAAUCCCAAUGACCCGCGUGCCAGCGAUCACACCCACUUCAAAAACAUCCCAAUUGGCUUCUGGUGGGCAGUUGUGACUAUGACCACGUUGGGCUAUGGAGACAUGUAUCCUCAGACUUGGUCAGGCAUGUUGGUGGGUGCAUUGUGUGCUCUGGCAGGUGUGCUAACCAUCGCCAUGCCUGUGCCUGUCAUUGUCAAUAACUUUGGGAUGUACUACUCUCUAGCCAUGGCUAAGCAGAAGCUACCAAAGAAAAAGAACAAGCAUAUUCCCCGUGCCCCCCAGCUGGGCUCACCUAACUACUGUAAGUCCACCAUGAACUCACCCCACCACAGUCCACAAAGUGACCAUUGUGCUCCCGCUGCCCAGGAGGAGAUUUUAGAAAUGAGCAGAGCAGAUCCCAAAGUGAACGGUGAUGCAGCUAAAGCAGCGCUGGCCAAUGAGGAUUGUCCCCACAUAGACCAAACCCUUUCACCUGAGGACGGCCAGAUCUUUAACCCAAGUGAGCCACUGGGAGAAACUCCUCGUUUUCUGCUGAACGUCGGCAGACGAUCAACAAACACGGGUACCCGAGUGAGGAAGGGUUAUCAAAAGUCCCGAAGCCUGGGCACCAUAACCAGCAAGGCCCGAACACUGGCCGAGGUAGUAUCGAUGUCCACCCGGUCCUGCAGCCCACCUGUUCUCUUACGGAGGUCCCAUUCUCCAAUCCCCUCCAUUCUCUAAGAAAUGGAGCAGUGAUAUAGUUAGAGUUGUCUCCCUGGGUCUUCUUCCUGCCCUGCUGCUUUCUCUUCUGUGUUUGCUUUGGUCUGGAUUGUCUUGUUCUCUGGUCCUUGUCUUCUGGAGCUGUCUCCUCCUCUCCUCUUCUGUCCACUUUGCUUGUUUCUUGUCUUUCCAUAUACAGAAUCUUGACUCACACAAAGCCAUUAGAGAACGAAAACUUCCAAAACAUCUCAGGGAAAUUUUAGGGACGAGUGUUUAUUAGACAUAAAAGAACUGGGAUGAGGAAGGUAAAUUUUUUUUUUUAGAUUUCCUCUCCUGUCCGAGUAUAUUCUUGCAUAAAACCCUUUCUGACAUCUGGAAGACGAAACAAUCUAUCCUCUAUCGGGUUUUUUUUAGUUUCCCCAUUUAAUUUUUACUGUACUUCCCCUUUGCUCUGGAGUCUUGCUCCCUUCUUUCUUUAUCACCUCUUUAAUGAGACCCCAGGUAGGAGGUAUUAUGACUCCCCUUUUCUUUCCUCCGCUGUCAAUGACAAAUGUCUCUACUUCCUUAGCAAUUCUUUCAUUCUCCCUGUGCAUUUCUGUCCAUUUCUCUUUCUCCAAACUUUUUAGCCCUGGAUUGCAAAAGCAACCCAAAUGAAUGUUUUUACCAUACAGAAAAAAAGGAAGUCUUAUUUUCUCAGCCCAUUUCUUCAUUCUGUAAGCUGAAUGAAAACAAGGCCCAAUGGCUGGAUGACCCUGAGCAAUCCCAUCCUCCCCUGUAUUUUCUACUGCAGAUCCAUGCAAAGAGGACACUGCCCUAGUUAAGUAUAUGCAGUCAGAGGUGCUUAAAGUGACCUGAGAAGGCAGGAGCAUCUCAAACCUUCUCCAGCCUUGCUGGACUCCACAAUGGCCCAAGGGAUUUCGGACUGGAAUCCAAAGGAGGGACGUAUAUGUAGAGGGGGAAAAGAGCACAAUAGAGGAUGUUGCCAGUCGACGCAGUGGCAAACAUUUUUGAUUUAGAUUCCGACAGUGUGAGUGGUCUCAUGGACCAGGACUUUUAUAAGGAAGACCUUAAGGACCAUCAACUGCAGAGUGACACGAAUGGUUGGCUUUAAAGCCAGCAAAAUUAGUAUAUAAUCCUAAUACUAAUGAUAGUACCUGCAGUGGCAGAUGUAGUGGACUCUUACCUGUUCAUUUUAGCAUGAGCUGCAUGGUGUUACAUUAAAAAAAGAGGAAAAUAAUCUAUAUCUGUUAUGAAUUUCUGUAUAAAACAAAUAUUUUCUUUCAAGAGUUCUUGACUUUUGCAGAAUUAACAUGUAGCCAUGGAUGAUGAGAUUUUCAGAAACCAUGUUCUUUGUUUCAGCAACAGAUUUCUUUCAUGUUAUUCUGUCUUUGUUGCUAACCACAUGACUCAGCUCUGGUCACAUUGACCUCACAUUCUGAAUGAGACGCAGUGGUUACUGCCAUGAGAUGGAUUGUAAAUUCCACUAUUCAACAUUAUUUCUGUCUGGCAUGCUUGUGAUUCUGGAUCUUAUAGAGAAAAAACAAAAACAAAAACUGAGCAAAAUGAGUUAUUUUUCUGUUUCAUGUCAUAAUUAUCAGUGAAUAGAUCCUGUGGAAAACUGUUGUGCGCAGCUGUUUAUUUCACAUAUCAAGUGCAGACUUUUGACAGUGUUAUUUUUGGAGAAAAAACAUCAAAAAUAAGAAAAAAUGGCAUCCUGUCGAGAUGUUUUACAUUUUCUCUCAUUACUUUUAGGUACUAAAACACAAAGAAAAGCAAAAAAGACAGAUGUAUAUUUACAUUAUAAGAGAAUUGUAUGCAAUUGAGAACUUUGGGGGAAAACAAAUGCAUGCACUGUUAUGCAACAAUAACUGCAUAGAAAAACAAUCAUAGCAUGAAAUAAAUUUUGUAUGAAACUUG